GCUCCUCCCAGUUAUAUUUCUUGAUAACAUAUUGUUAGCUUGUUUCAGAAAGAUUUAUUAUCAGCUUUUGUUUUGGAUUUUAAUAUUUGCGUCAUUCUGUCUGUGUGAACUGUGGCCUAUCAUAGAGCAGCAGUGGGCUCUAGCCAGCAGCAGGUAUCCAGGAGAUUGAUGCAGACUGGUCCCAAAGGCAGUGUUCCUGCUGUCUGCUCAUCCACUGACUGUGUUGACUCUUACCUGAGCAGGUUUCUGGAAUAAGUAUGUGCAAAUACAAAAUAAAAAUGAGAAGGAACUGUAAACUGAUUAUGGAUUUGGGAAAAAGAUUAAUCAACACACAAAGGGAAAAGUAAACGGACAGCCCUCAGGAACGAUGCCCUUUUGCCAUAAUAUAAUUAAUAUUUCCUGUGUGAAAAACAACUGGUCAAAUGAUGUCCGUGCUUCCCUGUACAGUUUAAUGGUGCUCAUAAUUCUGACCACACUGGUUGGCAAUCUGAUAGUUAUUAUUUCUUUGUCACACUUCAAACAACUUCAUACUCCGACAAAUUGGCUCAUUCAUUCCAUGGCCACUGUGGACUUUCUUCUGGGGUGUCUGGUCAUGCCUUACAGCAUGGUGAGAUCUGCUGAGCACUGUUGGUAUUUUGGAGAAGUCUUCUGUAAAAUUCACACCAGCACUGACAUUAUGCUGAGCUCAGCCUCCAUUUUCCAUUUGUCUUUCAUCUCCAUUGACCGCUACUAUGCUGUGUGUGAUCCACUGAGAUAUAAAGCCAAGAUCAAUAUCUUGGUUAUUUGUGUGAUGAUCUUCAUUAGUUGGAGUAUCCCAGCUGUUUUUGCAUUUGGAAUGAUCUUUCUGGAGCUAAACUUCAAAGGCGCUGAAGAGAUAUAUUACAAACAUGUUCACUGCAGAGGCGGUUGCUCUGUCUUCUUUAGCAAAAUAUCCGGAGUACUGGCCUUUAUGACUUCUUUUUAUAUACCUGGAUCUAUUAUGUUAUGUGUCUAUUACAGAAUAUAUAUUAUAGCUAAAGAGCAGGCAAGAUCAAUUAAUGAUGCCAAUCAGAAGCUCCAAAUUGGAUUGGAAAUGAAAAAUGGAAUUUCGCAAAGCAAAGAAAGGAAAGCUGCGAAGACAUUGGGGAUUGUGAUGGGAGUUUUCCUAAUAUGCUGGUGCCCUUUCUUUGUCUGUACAGUCGUGGACCCUUUUCUUCACUACAUUAUUCCACCUACUUUGACCGAUGUAUUGAUUUGGUUUGGCUACUUGAACUCUACAUUUAAUCCAAUGGUUUAUGCAUUUUUCUAUCCCUGGUUUAGAAAAGCACUGAAGAUGAUUCUGUUUGGUAAAAUUUUCCAAAAAGAUUCUUCCAGGUGUAAAUUAUUUUUGGAAUCGAGUUCAUAGAAUUAUUAUAUUUUACUGUUUUGCAAAUCGGUUGGUGAUCAUAUUUAUGAACACAACAUAACGAACCACGUGCUCCAACCACACGGAUUUUUUUUUUAAUCAGUUACUUGAGUCAAAGUAUGUAUGGUGAAUUAAAUUAUGAUGCUUAUAGGAAAUUUCCUAUUUGGGACAUAGUAGGUAUACUCUUUUCCAUUCUUACCACACAUAUUGGAACUUUGCAAAUCCAGCAUUUAAAGGCCUAUAUUUUAUAUAACUUUUCCUGCCCUUAGAAGAACUGCCAUGAGUUUACUGUGGUACCUUAGUCAGCUGUUCAGUGGUGGAAACUAUAGGGCUGAAUUUGAGGAUGCAAAUCAGAAUGAUUUUGUCAUAUAUGUAUACAUGUCCUUGUCACAUAUGUGUAUAUGUCUUUUAGUAAAAUCAACUAAAAGUACACACAUUAAAUGUUACUGCUAAAUAAUUGACACAUAAUUUGUUAUUUGUAUUGUUAAUAUAUAUUCCAAUCCUUAAAUAUCUUGAUCUUCACAUUUUUAAGGUAUAUUUUUCUGAUUCUCAUGCUUCUAAGAAAUUUGAAAAAUAAAGGAAAAUAUAAAAAUAAAAUAUAUACAAACCAAA